AUGGACAUUGUUAUAGUGUUAGUUUUGUUUUGUUCCUUCAGAUCUGGCAGUGUGAAACACCACUGGAUAGAGAUCUACUCCUUUGUUGAGCAGCUGGCUGAGAAGUUCAUCAGGUAAUAUCUUUCAUACUGUAGUAUAGCUUGCCUCUUUAGUUUAAUCUUGCCUAUUUAGCUGCAUCUCUGUAGUCUAAAAUGGCUCCCUUUCCUUGUGUCCUCUUCUGCACUGACAUAAAGAAGCCUCUGACAGUACUGUUAAUCCCAUCUAUCUACAGCCCCAUGUUACGGAUGUCCUUCAUCGUCUUCUCCACUCGAGGAACCACCAUCAUGAAACUGACAGAGAACAGGUACUGAGUUACACACUGUCAUUUAUUUACAAUUUCAACUGCCAAUAUUUUACCUUUCAAAUCCAUUUCAGGGGAUCUCUCUCUCUCUCGCUGUAUUUUACCGCUGUGUGUCCCUUAGUCUUCUCAGUCCUCCCCCACUGUAUUUGAUCAGCUGUCAUUCCUCUCCUCUCCUCCCCUUCACAGGGAGUCCAUUGUCAGAGGUCUAACAGCUCUGAGGAGAGAGAUACCAGGAGGAGACACCUUCAUGAACCUUGGCCUGGAGAAGGUAACACUAUCGCCCUCAGAUACAUCACCUCUCACUAACUAACUCAUAGUAUCCAUACUGUUUUAUGUUUGAUAUCAAUACUCUCUUUCCAUUUGCAGGCAAAUGAGCAGAUACAUUAUGAGAACCAUGGUAAGUGUCUGUGUGCUGUGCUGAGUACUUGUGUUUUGUAUUGGUGUGCAUAUAUACAGAUAUCUCUAUAUAUGGCUCUGUUAGUAUGUAUUUGAGGCUCCUCUGUCCUCCACUCGUUACCUGUAGUAAUGGCAUCUGUUUGAACUUGUUAUCAGUAUAAAAGACACCUGUCCACAACCUCAAACAGUCACACUCCAAACUCCACUAUGGCCAAGACCAAAGAGCUGACAAAGGACACCAGAAACAAAAUUGUAGACCUGCACCAGGCUGGGAAGACUGAAUCUGCAAUAGGUAAGCAGCUUGGUUUGAAGAAAUCAACUGUGGGAGCAAUUAUUAGGAAAUGGAAGACAUACAAGACCACUGAUAAUCUCCCUCGAUCUGGGGCUCCACGCAAGAUCUCACCCCGUAGGGUCAAAAUGAUCACAAGAACGGUGAGCAAAAAUCCCAGAACCACACGGGGGGACCUAGUGAAUGACCUGCAGAGAGCUGGGACCAAAGUAACAAAGCCUACCAUCAGUAACACACUACACCGCCAGGGACUCAAAUCCUGCAGUGCAAGACGUGUCCGCCUGCUUAAGCCAGUACAUGUCCAGGCCCGUCUGAAGUUUGCUAGAGUGCAUUUGGAUGAUCCAGAAGAGGAUUGGGAGAAUGUCAUAUGGUCAGAUGAAACCAAAAUAUAACUUUUUGGUAAAAACUCAACUCGUCGUGUUUGGAGGACAAAGAAUGCUGAGUUGCAUCCAAAGAACACCAUACCUACUGUGAAGUAUGGGGGUGGAAACAUCAUGCUUUGGGGCUGUUUUUCUGCAAAGGUACCAGGACGACUGAUCCAUGUAAAGGAAAGAAGGAAUGGGGCCAUGUAUCGUGAGAUUUUGAGUGAAAACCUCCUUCCAUCAGCAAGGGCAUUGAAGAUGAAACGUGUCUGGGUCUUUCAGCAUGACAAUGAUCCCAAACACACCGCCCGGGCAACGAAGGAGUGGCUUCGUAAGAAGCAUUUCAAGGUCCUGGAGUGGCCUAGCCAGUCUCCUGAUCUCAACCCCAUAGAAAAUCUUUGGAGGGAGUUGAAAGUCUGUGUUGCCCAGCGACAGCCUCAAAACAUGUUGUACAUGCUGGUAUUGAGGAAAUAUGAUGAUGUUAUCUGCUUUUAAAGGGACAGCCAGUGUGAUCAUUGCACUGACUGAUGGAGAACUGAACGAGUGGCAGUUUGAUACUGCACAACGAGAGGUGAGAACGCACACCAGAGAGAGCACUCCAGAUUCAAGUCGAAAUGUGAUGUUUUUUUGCAGGGCCUCAGGAUGUCAGGAGACAUCUUCAAAACCAUCCAUUAGGGGCAAAAAAACAAAAACAAGUAACCCGAACUGGGUUUGAACCCAUAGUAUAUGGAGUGGGAGCUCACUGCUUAGACCACUGCACCACACGUCCACAAUGAGUUAGCAAGGCAAGUCUUAGUUAAUGGCUAACAUUAACCAUAUAGUUGUUUUUCUGUUUUAACCUUAUCUCAAACCUUAAUCCUUAACUUAACCAAUCAGAAUUAAUGCCUGAAGUUAAUUAACCCUAUCCCAAACCUUAAUCCUUAACUUAAUCAAUCGGAAUUAAUGCCUGAAUUGUUAACUAAUCGGAAGUAAUGCCUGAAGUUAACCCUUGAGUUGUUUCUGUAUCCCAAACCGUAACCCUUAACUUAACCCAGUCAUAAUUAAUACCUUAACUUAACCAACAAGUUAUUUAUUUGUUCCUAAUAUGCUUAAAACUUCUGGAGCUCAUGCGGGAGCUGUGUGUCUAAAUACAGGACGUUGCCACUAGGGGCAACGGUGAGUACAAUUACCAUCAAAUAGGCUUGGGUUUUGCUAAGGCGUUGUGGACGGCGGUGGCUGGCUGUGCAUAAUCCGUGAGCUCCAGCUCAGUUUAUUUUUCUUUUACUUCAAAAUUUCAUCCCAAACAUGUCGAAAUUUGACGUUUGGAGCUAACUUCGAAAUUUGACGUUUGAAGAAACGUGGAAAAAUGUCUAAUUCUGCAGUGAGACUGUGAGAUCUUGUUGCAUGCACACGCACGUACACAGUUUGACACUUCAAACUACAAAGUACACAGGCCAGUAGCAUCCUACUAUAAAAUAAAAGUUGGCGUUAACAGAUUGUCAAAACUGUGUGUGUUCUCUCCAUGCAGGCGCAGAGGGCACGGUCGCUUGGAGCCAUAGUUUACUGUGUGGGAGUCAAAGAGUUUAAUGAGACGCAGGUAACUGACACACACACAUAAAUACACACUCAAUAAUCAAUUUUGUCUGUGAUUAUCUGCAAUACAACAAGUUUAUCUCCUGUGUGUGUGUGUGUGUGUGUGUGUGUGUGUGUGUGUGUGUGUGUGUGUGUGUGUGUGUGUGUCCUGUAGCUGGCCACCAUAGCAGACACCCUGGAGCAUGUAUUCCCUGUCUGGGGGGGGUUCCAAGCCCUCAGGGGCAUCAUCGACUCGGUACGUUUGGUAUUUAUGCCAGAAACAAAGGAUCGUUUUUGGUACCUCAAGGAAUUCAACACAAUACCUACAUAAGUGAUUCAGUGGUCCUUGUUUAAAAUGAAUCCAUAGAAACAAGUGUAUGUAUCAGGUUAUAGUUAUCUAAUAACCAUUUUGCCAUGUAUUUUCUUAGUAGAAAGAGUCCUUCAUAUACAAUAUGCCCAUAACGAUCCACUGUCUUCUAUGUUUUCAUCUCUCAGAUCAUUAAGAAGUCCUGCAUUGAGAUUCUAGCUGCUGAACCGUCCAGUGUGUGUGCAGGAGGUAAGAGCUCGUAGUACCAAAGUCGGGUUACACUUCCUAUGAAUACCCUCUUCGUAAUGCAUUAUAAAUGCAUUUAAAAUGCCUCAUGAGCAAUGCACAAUGCAUAUUUAUCUGUAAAAUUGGGCUGAAAAUAUUGGUUCUGCUAUCGCUCUGAGUCUCUUAGGAACAAUUUUAAGAACCAGAUUAAGCCAACUCGU